AUGGGAUUGCUCCUCCAGCCAGAGGAAACUACAAAUCACCACAACCACCACAACCACAACGCCUCCGCCAUGGCCGGCCGCCGUUGUCUCGUCGCCGGCCGCCGCCUGGUCGCCGCUCUCUCGUCCUUUUUCCGCAUCACCGACCGCACCUUUGUCUUUGCUCUCGCCGCCACCUCCAUCCUCGCCAGCAAGUGCCUGCACAUCUACAUUCACUCCCAGGUCCUCUCCGUCGGCGAAUUCAUACAAUGGUUCCCGAGCCUGUUUGCGCAGGACACAGUCAUCCUGCUCCUCCUGCGCCUGCUGCUCGACACCAAGGCCCUCGGCCGCUUCGGCGGCGGCUGGUUCCGCUUCUUCGCCACGGCCUUUUGCACCAUUGUCGCCCUGCUCCAGCUCUUCCUCGCCGUCUCCAACAUUUCCUUUUUCCUCAUGAUUGGCGGCGAGCCGCGCUGGCGCAACGCCGGCCUCGUCGCCGACUCCAACACCUGGGCCAUUAUGCUCACCGGCCUUUGGGCCUUUGUCUCGGCCAACGUCGGCCUCAUUUUCAGUAGCAUGCUGUUCAAGAGCCCCCUGUUCUUCCUCGCCGGCAUUGCGCUCGACGUUGUCAAGGCCACGGGCGCUCUGAUCCUGAGCAAGAUUGGCAUCUGCGGCCGCGCCCGUAACCAAGCCGACUACCUCCCCGUCGUCAAGGAGGAGCAAUACGACGACCUCGAGUCCUAUCCCGAAUCUUCAGGCAGUAGCGCGGCCCCGACUCGCCGCAACUCCAAGCUACGCCUGCUCUACAUUGCCACCGCCGUCUUUCUCUUUUUCCAGCUCAUCACAUCGAUCCUUCGACCGUCCUCACAGGCAUUCAUCUUCCUAUCAUGGACCGCCGCCGCCAUGCCCAUCGUCGAUUACCUGCGCGGCUCCGACUCGCCCCUCACCAACAUCAUGCCGGUAUACGACAAGGGCAUGGACGGAAAGUGGAAUGUUCCGUAUGCUCUUUCGACGCCCCCGCACUGGGACUGGCUCCCCAAGCAAGGCAGCGCGCCGCCUGGUUUCGACGACUGGUACGGCGACGACAAGACGCACUACGACAAUACCAUGGAUCCCAUCAGCCAGCCCAACUACGACAAGGACCUGCUCGAGUCGCUCAAGGGCAAGCUUGCCGACGUUACCAUCCGAAACGUCAUGUUCAUCUUUCUCGAGUCCACACGCAAGGAUGUGUUUCCUUUGAAAAAGGGCGAGUACAUUUAUAACAAAAUGGCCGAGACCUGGAACGACAAGAAGCUGCCCGAACAGGCCGAAGAGAGGGCGGCGACCCUGACUCAAAACGCACGGUACCUCACCGGCGACUACCGCGACGGCUUCGACCACAAGGAAACGCCCCGACGAGGUGGCAUCAACGUCAACAGGAACACGCCCUCGGCCACGUACACGCUUAAGAGCCUGACUGGCGGACUCUGCGGCGUCAACCCCCUCGUCGCCGACAUGAACAGGGAGUACAGGCACCACAUCUACCAGCCCUGCCUGCCGCACAUUUUCAAGGUCCUCAACGGCCUCAACGACGCGAGCGGCCGCACCGACGGCUUCCAGAGCCGCCCGUUUAACAACUCGUUUAUGAUGUCCGUCACCGGCCAGUACGACCACCAGUACGAGCUGAUGCAGCGCCUCGGCUACCUCGAGGACGAAAUGGUCGAUUCGGAGUACCUGCACAGCGACCGCGCCGUCUUUGGCAACGUGACCGUCGAGGAUGUGCGCUACGACGGCAUGCCCGAGCCCGCGAUUGAAGAGUACUUUCGCGACGCUUGGCGCACGUCGCGCGAAACCGACACGCGUCUGUUCCUGACGCACUUGACGAGCUCGACGCACUUUCCGUACGGCUUGCCCGGCGACGAGGUGUACGUGCCCAUGGUGCAGGACGACGCCAACAAUCACCUGCAGGACAUUUCCAAGCACCUCAACGCUGUCGGGUACGUGGACCGCUGGGUCGGGCACCUGCUCGACAUUAUCGAGGAAGAGGGCGCGACCGACGAGACCCUCAUCGUGCUCGUGGGCGACCACGGUGUGCCGGUGAUUGAAAUGGGUGGCGCCUCGCCGUGGGGCGUCCCCAGCAUGGGUAGUUUCCACGUGCCGCUCGUCUUUUCGCACCCGAAGCUCCCCGUCGUCGACGUCGACGACCUCGUGUCCUCCAUGUCGGUGCUCCCCACUGUGCUCGACCUGCUCCUCGAGACCAACGGCCUCAACCCCGCGCAGCAAGUCGCCGUGCGGGACCUGCUACACUCGUACGAGGCGCCGUCGCUGCUGCGGCCGCUGCACGCCGACGCGCGGCGCUGGUAUUUCACGAGCGUGAGCCCCGGCGGACAGGCGAUUUCGACGCGCAGCAUGGACAGCCCCCGCUGGCGGCUGCUGGUGCCGCUGAUCCAGGACGCCGAGUGGUACUUUUCGGAUCUAGAGACAGACCCGCACGAGGAGAGGCAGACGGCGAGCUUUGACUUCGUGGGCAUGCUGCGGGCGGUGGAGAAGAUGCAUGGCGUGGAGGCGGCGCAGUGGGCAGAAGAGGCGGCGUUUGCGACGAGGUGGUGGGUGGCGGAUAAUCAUCAGCGGUGGCAGUAUAUUUAA